UCAGAACGAAAAAACACGUCUCUAUAAUUUAUUGCGCACCUCUAAUGCACAUGUGUUUUGGUAGUCGACAUUUAUGCAAAUCCGCAAAUACCAACUUUAAAAACAAAUAGCAUCAGAAGCAGUGUAAAAAUGGUGAAAGGGAAGAAACCAUAUAUAGACCGCAAGAAGGCCGUCACAUUUCACUUGGUGCAUCGCAGUCAACACGAUCCGUUGGUUACCGAUGAAACUGCUCCACAGCGUGUGCUCUUGGAGGCUGGUGCUCGUCAGUCGCAAGGCAAAGCCCAAAAUGAAGCGCCGACAGAUCCAGCGAAACGUCAAGAGGAACUUAAGAAGUUUGGAAUCCACUUUGAUGACGACUACGACUAUAUGCAGCAUCUUAAGAAGCGUGAGAAUGAUGUAGUCUGGGAGUAUAUGGAGAACCCGAACCAAGCGAAAAAACCAACCGCGGAGGAAUCCAAGAAUCGCAACCUGCUUUCGCUUCCCAGUUCGGUAUUUGCUAGUGAAUUCGAAGAGCCAGAGGGCAUGUUAAACAAGGCGGCCCCGCAGCCCGGACCUCGUCCUGACUGGGAUCCAGACGUUGUGGCAGCUCUUGAUAGCGAUUGUGAAGAUAAUGAAGAGUUGGAUGACGAUUUCGUCAUGCAAGCAAUGGGCGGUGAUGACGACGAUGAUGAAGAUGGCGAUGAUGAUUGGGAAGACGAUGAUGGAGAAGACGAUAUGGAUUUUGAUUCGGAUAAUUUAAACGAGGACGAUGCUGACGAGCUUAUGGAUCGUCUUGCUCCGCUGAUGCGGAAAAAUCGUUUUGACGAUGAAGAAACCAAGUCGCGUUUCACAGAAUACUCAAUGUCAUCUAGUGUAAUCAGACGUAAUGAACAGCUAUCCUUGCUGGAUGAUCGUUUUGAACAUUUUUAUGCAAGCUACGACGAUCCUGAGCUUGGUGAUCUUGCUUUAGAAGACAUUGAAGGCAACUGGCAUCAAAAGCAUCCUGUUGUUAUGCAGUGUUUUAGGGAGUUCAAAAAGAAAACCGAUGAUUUGAGCUACGAUAAAGAAUGGGAUCGUGAACGCAUAAAAAAGUACGAUAAUGUUGUGGAUGGUGAGCAGGAUCCAACAGAGGAGCUUGUUGACUACGAGGUGGAAGAUGCCAAGGAGAAGAAGUGGGACUGCGAGUCUAUACUUUCAACCUACUCAAAUAUUUACAAUCAUCCCAAACUGAUUGACGAGCCGCGCUCCAGUCGCCGUCCUGUGCCCAUUCAAAUCGAUCCGAAAACUGGUCUCCCGGCAAAUGUGUUGCGGGGCGGCGCCGAUGCCCAGCUAACAGCAAAAGCACUAGCCAACCUGGGCGACGAUUCACCAAAUGCAACUGGUCCUAAAUCACUGUGUGCCAAAUCUGUUCUAUCCACGCUCAGUGUUCUAUCUAUUCGCCCCAAGUCCGAAACUCCCGAAGAGAAACGUGAGCGAAAACGUUUGCUCAAGGAUUAUCGCACCGAACGUCGCAUCGAAAAGAAGGCAAAUUCAGAGGCAUUCAAGGAGGAGAAGAAGCGUCUGACAAAUGUGAAGAUUAACCAGCGUACGAAUCAACAAGGAUCUACAAUUGUUUGAACUGCGUCGGGUCCGCUGUUUAGCUUUAAUUUCAAAAUGAAAAUGCUAGUUUUUAAGCUCUGUUUUAAUACAUAAAUUAAUCAUGAUCAUGUAUUUGUUAACAUAAAUUUGUUUAACUUAAAUGCUAAUUGUGUAGAUUGGUAAUACAAUAACUAAUUUUGUAUAGACUGUUCCCAUUGUUUGCGCAUGCAACAGAGAGUAGCAUAUCCAAGCCUCAUACCUUUCCUAGGGACUCUGUAAAGUUGUAUAUACGCCCUGCAAAUGUAUCUUGAUUAAAUAAUAUACAAUUUAUAUCGAUUCUGGAUGUAGGAUUUAUAAAUGAUGUGUUGAAUUUGAAUAACAAAGCGAGUUGUUAUAAUUAAAAUGAAAUAUCAUAAUAUUAAA